AAAUUCAUUAGUCAUUAGAGAGACCUGUGUAGGAAGUUACAUUUAAGAAAUGCCAGAUUAACAAGGAGAUAAAUAUAAUGACAGAUAAUUAAUGAAGCCUACUGGAAAUAACUUUACAUUGACGAAACCUUGACACUCGACCUUUUCAUAUCCUCAUGUAGUAGAUGACUGCUGAGGUCCGAUGGAAAUGCCACAGUGAUUUUUAACCAGUGUAAAACCACCACAUUUCAAACUUUAAUUCCAAAUGUUUUUAAUGAGGAGCAUCAUCAUCACAUUUAUAUCACUUUAAUGCACCAGCUGUGUCAUUAUUAUUAAUUUAGAGAUUUAUUCUCGACUCUCUGUUUGAUAUGGUAUUUCUAUCAUCAUACAUCGAGGCCAUGGGGCAGUUUUUUGUUUUCUUUUUUUCAUAGAUGUAACUCUCAAUCCAUAUAUGGUCACUUUGCAUGGUGAUCCUGGUGUCUAAGCUGCAACGUCUAUUCCUCUUGUUCACAGUAUUUCAAUAUACAAAUACUGUAAAAUACAAAUACUGUUCAUUUUCUCCAUUGUCACUUUCCUCUGAAGUAUUAGUUUAUGGUUUAUAAAUAAGGAGUGAUUUUCCAAUAUGCCAACAGUUAUUUGGUAAUAAUAAUGUGGUGAGUCUCGAUAUGUAUGUUUAGUCCUCAUUCAUUUAUUAUUACUUAGUAUUAUUAUUACACAAAUAUAAAGUAAGCCUUUGAAGGGGACAAAUCUACACUUUAUUACCUACAAUAUUGUGCAAUUAUUUUCAUCCUUUUGUAAAAUCAUAUGGUUAAAUUUAGGAGCAUGGACAGCCCCAGACUUCUUGCAGUAUUCUUACACUUUAUGAAAAAAUACCACCAACUUCCUGUUGAGUGGCAAUGGAAAAAGUACUACAGGAUGUGGUAAGGAACGCCUUACCAAAAUGUUAACUGAUUUUUCUGAUCUAUAAAUUAAACAUGUUUCCUUCCUCCACAAUACUUCCCAAAUAAUUAAACAAAAUACAAUUUUGACAGACAAUCUAAGAUGAGGCAUCGUUUAUAAUAGUCUGUUGAACUAUCUAAGUCAGAGGAGUCACAAAACGCUUCCUUCUAUGCAUGUCUACUGAUAAGCAGAUAUUCAAAACAGCUAUUUGUAAAAUAAGAGUCACUGUCCCCAGAUCAGAUCGUGGCUUCUAUGGUGCAUAUUUCCUGUAUAUACGCAAGAUGCAGAAAUAAAAGUAGUGAGGAUAGAAGUUAAAAAAGGAAGUUGCUCACUCUUUUCUUGAUCCAGAUACCAGUACAUGCUCCAGUACAUUCUGCUUUACAGAAGACAGAAUGAAUAACACCACUUGUCAUAGUAUCGACUUUGACUUUCCAGGUAGAUUUCUGCCUCCUGUUUACAUCUUAGUGUUCAUCAUUGGUCUGGUGGCAAAUGGAUGGGGACUGAAGUCUUUGCUGCAAAACUGGAAGAAACUGGGAAACGUCAACGUGUUUGUUUUCAACCUUGGACUUACAGAUGUUUUGUACCUGCUCACUCUUCCAUUUAUCGUGGUGUACUACUUUAUGGAUAGUACAUGGGUCUUCGGAGACACAUUCUGCAAGAUAACAAGAUUCUGCUUCAACCUUAAUUUAUACGGCAGUAUUGGGUUUCUUACCUGUAUCAGUGUGUACAGGUACUUGGCCAUCGUCCAUCCCAUGAAGGUGAUGGGACGACUGAGUGUCACACACUCUGUGGUUAUUUCAGUCCUGGUUUGGCUGCUGGUGAGUGUUCAAAGUCUCCCAGACAUGUUCUACACCAAAACAUCAAUAAACAUGACUAAAUGUUAUGACACCACCUCUGAUGUCUACGUUGAGGAUUAUCUGAAAUACUAUCUUGGAUGGACAUUGACUGGGUUUUGUAUCCCACUCCUCAUCACACUGGGCUGUUAUGGACAUGUGAUUGUGACUCUGUGCCGGAAAGAAAACAUUGAUAAAGUGCUGAAACAGAAAAGUUUGAUGUUACUAGUGAUCUUGGUUGUUCUCUUCUCUGUUUGUUACAUCCCCUAUCACAUAUUGAAGAACCUGAACCUCUGGUCUAGAGUUUUACAACAAAGGAGGACAUGUCUUGGAUGGUAUGACACAGUCUACAUCGCUCGUCAGAUAAGUCGCGGCCUCGUGAGUCUGAACAGUGCUCUGAACCCUCUGGUUUAUCUUCAUGGAAGUGAAGUCGCUCCUGCUCAGCUCAGAAAAUUAUUUCAGCAAGCACGUCAAGCUGUGAUGCGCCAAGCGUCCACACCUACUCAGAUGUCUCUGAUGCAGAUGUAGUCUAAUACUAUGUGAAUUAAAUGACACCAUAAUUCCCUCCGACAAGGACGGUGGAGGUUAUAAUUUCAUCAGAGGCGAUUUCUCAUAGACUGCAAGGGAUUCCCUAAAAUUACAAAAAUUAAAUGGUCAAAUGUGGACAGUUGUGUUGACAUUUCAUUGACGACAAAUGUGUUAGAACACG